AUGGGGUGCGUGCUGGGCAAGCAAGUCAACAAAGUCAACCGAGUCAAGACAGCCCCCAAAGGCAGCAAUUUCAAGACGGCGGGCAAGCAGCCACCUCAGGUGGACACGGGGCAACGGAAGAGCAACACACCAGUUUCAGGAGGAUCCACCGACUCCGUCUCAUCAGUCUCCUCUCUUACCCCCACCGCUACCCCACCGCAACUUGGAUCCACCCACUCUGCGUCAUCAGUCGCCUCUGUUGCUUCCACUGCCACCACGCCGCCGCAAGUGCAGGGGUGCCGCCGCUUCUCCCUGCAAGAGCUCGCACAGGCCACGGGCGGGUGGGCAGCACAGAGCUUGAUAGGCACGGGGCGCAGCGGGGACACGUACAGAGGGGUGCAGCCGAUUCCGCCCGGGGGAGAUGGGGGGAACGUGGCCGAUGGGGGCGUGGUGUGGGCUGUGAAACGUGCGAGAGUGGGGCGGGUUCGAGCAGAUGAUUUCCAUAAAGAGGUGAAGCAGAUUGGUUCAAAGCACCACGUGCAUCUGGUGCGGCUGGUGGGUUUCUGUGCGGAGGAGGACGCAGUGACACGGACGAGGGAGCAUGUUCUGGUCUAUGAGUUCAUGCCCAAUGGCAACCUCUCUCGCUGGAUAGGCCCAUGUGCGGCGGUGCAGCUGACUCUGCAGCAGCGAAUCGACGUGCUCAUCGGAAUAACACAGGCGGUGCAGUACCUACAUGCCUUCUCCCUCGUGCACGCUCACAUCCACCCUGCCAACGUGCUCCUUGACAAGACCAUGCGCGCCAAGCUCUCAGAUUUUGGCCUCAACCGAGACGCAUUCACCAGCACGGGCAAAGGCACACGGGACGACGGGACAAGGGAUGAUGGAACAAGGGAUGGCACGGAGAAUGGCGCCAGGGCCGGUGUGAGGGAUGGCAUGAGAGGAACUGGCGCAGGGGGUCAGGCGGGGAGGCAAGGCGCGGAGAGGAGAGACGUCCGGGGGGCUGCGAAGGUGGAGGAGAGAGGGCGUGGGGUUCGAGACAGGCGGGGUAGCAAUAAAGUCAGCAAUGCCGGUGCUAGUGGUACUGCUGGUGCUGGUGGUGAUGCUGGUGGUGCUGGUGAUGGUGUUGGUGUUGGUGUGUGCACUGCAGGAGGGGACGCAUCAGGGUACAUGGAUCCCGAGUUUCUUCACACGCACCGGCUGUCGCCUGCCGUUGACGUAUACAGCGUUGGCGUGCUCGCCCUCAUGCUGCUCACAGCACGCACUGCCACCGCCGCCGCGCAUCAACACGGGGACAGCGACAAAGGCAUUGACGGAACUGGGGACAGGCAUAUAGACAGACACGUGGAUGGGCAUGUGGAUGGACAGUCAGACAGACGCACGGGCCAACACACAGACGAAAGAGCCACUCUCAUACAGUGGGUCUCCUCCCUCCUCCCCGCUCAAAACCCUGCAACUUUUACAGACCCCUACCUCUUAUCCCCCUCCUCCUCCUCCCCACCUCCCAACCCCCGCUCGCUCAUCCGCCUAGCAACCCUCGCGCUCUCCUGCACGGUCCUCCCUUCAACCUCGCGCCCAUCCGUGAGCAAGCUUCUUUACGAGCUGACAGAGAUUCGAGACGAGCUGUUUGGAGCGGCGAGGAGUGAGGCGCUAGAGCGAGUGGACAGGGAGGUUGCAGAUAUGAAAGGGGGGGACUUUCUGGCCGAGAUGGCCCGAGCGGAGUCCCUGGCGUCGGGAGCGAGCGUGAGCGGAGGCGUGAGCGGGGUUGUGAGUGGAGGCACAGGGGUUUCGUGGGCCGUGACGAGUGUUAGUGGCGGGGCGGGGGUGAGCGGGGCGGUGAGUGGGGGGUGGAGUGGAGCGGUGAGUGGGGGGGUGAGUGGAGUGGUGAGUGGGGGGGUGAGUGGAGCGGUGAGUGGGGGGGUGAGUGGGGGGUUGAAUGGGGUGAGUCGGGCAAGCGUGAGCGGAGGGGUGAGCGGAGGGGUGAGCGGAGGGGUGAGCGGAGGGGUGAGUGGAGGGGUGAGCGGAGGGGUGAGUGGAGGGGUGAGUGGAGGGGUGAGUGGAGGGGUGAGUGGAGGAGUGAGUGGAGGGGUGAGUGGAGGGGUGAGUGGAGGGGUGAGUGGAGGCACGAGGGCUUCGUGGGCUAUGACGAGUGUUAGUGGCGGGGCGGGGGUGAGUGGUGCGGUGAGUGGGGGGUGGAGUGGAGGGGUCAGCAGCGGUGUGAGUGGGGUCAGCAGCGGUGUGAGUGGGGUCAGCAGCGGUGUGAGUGGGGUCAGUGGCGGUGUGAGUGGGGUCAGCAGCGGUGUGAGUGGGGUCAGCAGCGGUGUGAGUGGGGUCAGUGGCGGUGUGAGUGGGGUCAGUGGCGGUGUGAGUGGGAUCAGCAGCGGUGUGAGUGGGGUCAGUGGCGGUGUGAGUCAAGGGGGGGGAGGUCGCUUGUGA